AUAAUUAUCAGCCAAGAUACGAAUGUGAAAAAUCCCGAGGGAGACUACAAGGAAGAAUUGAAGAGAGGGAAAUACACUUUCUCUCUCCUCCCUUCCUUCCUUCCUCUCUCUCUCUCUCUUCUUCCAGUCUCAGCUCCUCUCCAAAACCCCAAAAGAUGGCGUCCCCAUUUGCAGCCACCCCUAAAUCUCUUCUUUUCUUGCUCAAUUGUCACUCUACUUAAAAUCCCUCCAAAACCCUACAAUUAUCUUGCCAAUUUUUUAAUUCAAAAUUCCUUUCAAAUGUCCAUUAAUUUACUGCAAAAGAUUCACAUUUCAAUCGGGUUAAUAUCAGUGGUAUUAUAUAAAGGUGCAUCAAAUUUCCCCAAUUUUUGUAUCUUCCUAAACCUGAGCAUUCAAGAGCAAGACAUCUCUUUCUUGAAAUCAUCUUCUUCUUUCUUCUCUUAAGCGAAAAAGAAGCAUUAAUUACAAAACACAGGCUUUAGAGACAUUAUAGAAAAGUAGUUAAAAACUUCCGCCCUUUGUUUCCUACUUGUUCAAGAAUGCUUCCUAACGUGGUGAGCAUUCUGUUCUUGCUUUGCCUCUCAACCUUCCUCUGUUGUCUCCUAAACAGAGUUUCCUCCUUCAAUCUUUCCCUACCACAUCAACACCCAUACCCUGAAGCUGUUGUUCAACAAGUACAAAGCAAGGUGAAUGCGUCAGUAUCAAGAAGACAGCUUCUAUCCUCCACACAGAACGACCAAGCUCAAUGUAUCACCGGAAACCCGAUUGACGAUUGCUGGAAAUGCGACCCGAAUUGGGCCAACGACCGGCAACGUUUAGCCGACUGCGGGAUUGGAUUCGGGCAAGGAGCAAUGGGCGGCAAAGGCGGCCAGAUCUACGUCGUCACCGAUUCCUCCGAUCAGGACCCGGUGAACCCGAAACCGGGAACCCUCCGGUACGCCGUAAUCCAAGACGAGCCCUUAUGGAUAGUUUUCGCGGCCAACAUGCAAAUCAAGCUGAAACACGAGCUAAUCGUGAACAGCUUCAAGACCAUCGACGGCAGGGGGGCGCUGGUGGAGAUCACCGGCGGCGGCUGUAUAACGUUGCAGUACGUCAGCAACAUCAUUAUUCACAAUAUUCGGAUUUACGACUGUGUGCCCUCGGGGAAUGCUAACAUACGGGCGAGCCCAACGCAUGUAGGGUGGAGAGGCAAAUCGGACGGUGAUGGGAUUUCAAUCUUCGGGUCGAGGAACAUCUGGAUUGAUCAUUGCUCGCUGUCUCAUUGUACGGACGGAUUGAUCGAUGCGAUCAUGGGGUCCACCGCUAUUACCAUCUCGAACAACUAUUUUACCCAUCACAACGAAGUUAUGCUGCUUGGGCACGAUGAUAGAUAUUUACCGGAUUCGGGCAUGCAGGUGACAAUUGCUUUUAAUCACUUUGGAGUUGGGCUAGUACAAAGGAUGCCUAGGUGUAGGAGAGGGUACAUCCAUGUGGUGAACAAUGACUUUACUGAGUGGAAGAUGUAUGCCAUUGGCGGCAGUGCUAAUCCUACCAUCAACAGUCAGGGCAAUCGGUAUAUUGCUCCGGUCGAUCCCGACGCCAAGGAGGUGACAAAGCGCGUGGACACCGACGAGAAGGACUGGAGCGGGUGGAACUGGAGGACCGACGGUGACAUGUUGGUAAACGGAGCGUUCUUCGUACCGUCCGGCGAUGGACUCAGCGCCCAGUACGCUAAGGCCUCCAGCGUCGAGCCCAAAUCUUCCGGCCUAGUUGAUCAGCUCACAAUGAACGCCGGUGUCUUUGGUGGUCCCAGGGACAACAGCGUUAGCAUGUCGUAUGGCGGCGGCACCACUACCGGCGGUGGUUACAGUGGGUCCGGUGGAGGUGGCGGCAGUGACGGUGACUUCUUGGGAAUGAUAUUCGGUAGCAGCGCUCCACCACCGCCAUCAUCAUCGUCCAACCACGUCCUUUGGUCUCUACUAUUCAGCGUCAUUCUAAUCCUGCACUUAACCAGCAAUCAAGUUGCUGCUCUACUACCAUUAUUAUUAUCAUUAUAGUAGGAAUUUCAGGAAAGAAUAUUUUACUAACAUUAUUCUUAAAAAAAAAAAAAAGAAACCCACAGAAAGAAGUGUCACUAUCAGAUUGCGCUCUGUACAUAUAAAUCAUCCAAAAAAAGAAAAGAGUAAUCAAAAUUCAACAACCAAUUCAAGGCUCUCAAUCUCAAUGGGUCAUUCUGUGUUUCUGUUAUUCUCCUUUGGGUGGGGGCCAUUUUGAUGAAAGCGAAACCCAAGUUGUAGCCUAUGAGUUUUGUUGACUUUUUUGAGAGAUAAGCAUAGUGAUGAAGUGAGAUUUUUCUUUAUUAUUAUGGAUGGAUGUAACGG